AUGCUGGUACCAGAGACUUGUCUUUCUACCACGCAUAUCCCGCAGCAUAAGCUGCUCCUAGCUAUUGCCAGCAGUUCCCAGAAACUGACAAUACCACUCUUUAGCGCCGAAGUCAUCAAGAUCGAGCAUCCAACGCGCGGAGACGACACCCGAGCCUGGGGUCCGCCCUUUGCGAAAUAUAAGCCCGACGCCGCCGUCAAAGGCGAUCGACCCGGCGAAAGCGCCUACUUCAUCGGGGUCAACCGCAACAAGAAAUCCGUCGGCCUCUCCUUCCAACACCCCGACGGCGUCAAAAUCCUACACGAGCUCGCCAAAACCGCCGACGUCCUCGUCGAGAACUACAUCCCCGGCUCCCUGGCGAAAUACAAACUCGACUACGACACCCUUCACGCCCUCAACCCGAAGCUAAUCUACGCCUCCAUCACCGGGUACGGACAGUACGGGCCCUACGCCUCGCGCGCGGGCUACGACGUCAUGGUCGAGGCCGAGAUGGGCCUCAUGCACAUCACAGGCGAGCGCGAUGGGUCGCCCGUCAAGGUGGGCGUGGCGGUCACGGACCUCACGACGGGCCUGUACACGUGCAACGCCAUCAUGGCGGCGCUACUCGCACGCCAACAGACAUCCACGGGCCAACACCUCGACGUCUCGCUCUCGGACUGCCAAGUCGCCACGCUGGCCAACAUCGCCAGCUCCGUGCUGGUGAGCGGCGAACCCGACAGCGGAAGAUGGGGCACCGCGCACCCUUCCAUCGUGCCGUACAAGGGCUUCAAGACGCGGGACGGCGACGUCAUGCUGGGCGGCGGCAACGACCGCCUGUUCGGCAUCAUCUGCGACAGGCUGGGCAGGCCGGAGUGGAAAACCGACACGCGCUUCAAGAGCAACGACGCGAGGGUGCGCCACCGCGACGUCCUUGAGCAGAUGAUUGAGGAGGUCACGCGCACGAAAACGACGAGCGAGUGGUUGGCCGUGCUCGAGGGCAGCGGCCUGCCGUAUGCGGCCAUCAACGACGUCAAGGGCACGUUGGAGCACGAGCACGUGCGGGCUAGAGGGAUGGUGAGCGAGGUCGAGCAUCCCGCGUGCGGGCCCGUCAAGGUCGUCAGCCACCCCGUAAAGUACUCGGAGAGUGGGGUGGGGGUGAGGUCCCCGCCGCCGACGUUGGGAGAGCAUACGGAUGAGGUGCUCAGGGAGGUGUUGGGCUUGGAGGCCGCGGAGGUGGAAAGGUUGCGGACGGAUAGGGUUGUGGCGUAG